AUGUAUGUCUGUCUUUCUUCUCUAUGUAUGUCUUUCUUACUUCCGCCUGUCUUUCUCCUGACUCUCUUUCAUCCUUCCCUCUGUGAGUCUUCUAAAUGUAUGUCUGUCUUUCUUCUCAAUUCUUCUAAAUGUAUGUCUGUCUUUCUUCUGUCUGUCUUCCUUUUGCCUGUCUUCUGUCUUUGUUCAUUCUUUCUGUCAUUGUUCAUUCUUUCUGUCGUUCUUCUCUAUGUAUGUCUUUCUUACUUCCGUCUUCUUCUAAAUGUAUGUCUGUCUUUCUUCUCUAUGUAUGUCUUUCUUACUUCGCCUGUCUUUUCUCGUGACUCUCUUUUCAUCCUUCCCUCUGUUAGUCUUCUAAAUGUAUGUCUGUCUUUCUUCUCUAUGUAUGUCUUUCUUACUUCCGCCUGUCUUUCUGCUGACUCUCUUUCAUCCUUCCCUCUUCUUCUAAAUGUAUGUCUGUCUUUCUUCUCUAUGUAUGUCUUUCUUACUUCCGCCUGUCUUUCUCGUGACUCUCUUUCAUCCUUCCCUCUUCUUCUAAAUGUAUGUCUGUCUUUCUUCUCUAUGUAUGUCUUUCUUACUUCCGCCUGUCUUUCUCCUGACUCUCUUUCAUCCUUCCCUCUGUUAGUCUUCUAA